AUGAAUUCUGUCCCCACAGCCAACUGGAAUGCAAGCAUGAGCAGCAGGUGGAACAUGAGCCUUGCUGCAGCAGGAGACCCCUGGGGACAGGCGCUGGAAGUCCCAGCUGGAAAUGCUUCUACCCCUCUUGCAGCCAACUUCUCCAACCAGUUUGUGCAGCCCUCCUGGCGCAUCGCUUUGUGGUCUCUGGCAUAUGGUGGUGUGGUGGCAGUGGCCAUUUUUGGAAAUCUCAUUGUCAUCUGGAUCAUCCUGGCUCAUAAGCGCAUGAGGACCGUGACCAAUUACUUCCUGGUGAACCUGGCCUUCUCUGAUGCCUCCAUGGCUGCUUUCAAUACUCUCAUCAACUUCAUCUAUGCACUGCACAGCGAGUGGUACUUUGGAGAGGCUUACUGCCGUUUCCACAACUUCUUCCCCAUCACAGCUGUCUUCGCCAGCAUCUACUCCAUGACAGCGAUUGCUGUGGACAGAUACAUGGCCAUUAUUGAUCCCUUGAAACCAAGGCUCUCUGCAACUGCUACCAAGGUGGUCAUUGGGAGCAUAUGGAUUUUGGCUUUCCUGUUGGCCUUUCCCCAGUGCCUCUACUCUAUAACCAAGGUGAUGCCUGGGAGAACUCUGUGCUAUGUAGCAUGGCCAGGCGGUCCAAAACAGCAUUUUAUGUAUCAUGUCAUUGUGAUUGUGCUGGUCUACUGUUUUCCACUGCUUGUCAUGGGCAUCACUUAUUCUGUAGUGGGAAUUACCCUCUGGGGAGGAGAAAUACCAGGUGACACAUCGGACAAAUACCAUGAGCAGCUCAAAGCUAAGAGAAAGGUGGUAAAAAUGAUGAUUGUGGUUGUGAUGACAUUUGCCAUCUGUUGGCUGCCCUACCACACUUACUUCAUAGUUACUGGGAUCUAUCAACAAUUGAAUCGGUGGAAAUACAUUCAGCAAAUCUAUUUGGCCAGUUUUUGGCUUGCCAUGAGUUCUACCAUGUACAACCCCAUUAUUUACUGCUGCCUUAAUAAGAGGUUCAGAGCUGGCUUCAAGAGAGCUUUCCGCUGGUGCCCCUUCAUUGAGUUGUCCAGUCAUGAUGAACUAGAGCUCAAGGCUGCCAGGUUUCAUCCCACCCGGCAAAGCAGUCUAUAUGCUGUGUCCAGAAUGGAGUCCAGCACAACAGUAGUGCUCGACACCAACGACGGAGACAACUCCCAUCCCAGUCGCAAGAAAAAAGCAGCUCCAAGGAACCCAAGUUUCAAUGGCUGUUCACGGAGGAAUUCCAAGGCUGUCUCCACAGCCUCAAGUUUCGUCAGUUCACUGUACACAGCAGGAGAUGAUUAUUCCUAA